AUUUAUACACAGGGUGGCUUUACCAGAAAAUAUUCCCUUAGCUCAAAGACUGGAACUCUGCUACCAGAAUUUCCGAGUGCACAGCAUCUUGUUUUACAAGGGUGUUUAUCUAAAGAAAAAGUAGAUACACUUAUCAUGAUGUACAAAACACACUGUCAAUGCAUACUUGACAAUGCCAUCAAUGGAAAUUUUGAGGAGAUCCAACACUUUUUACUGCAUUUUUGGCAAGGGAUGCCAGAUCAUCUACUACCUUUGCUUGAAAAUCCUGUUAUUAUAGAUAUAUUUUGUGUUUGUGACUCUAUUCUUUACAAGGUUCUCACAGAUGUCCUUAUACCAGCAACAAUGCAGGAAAUGCCAGAAAGUUUACUAGCUGACAUAAGAAACUUUGCUAAACACUGGGAGCAAUGGGUUACGACAUCAUUGGAAAACCUUCCAGAAUCACUCUCAGAAAAGAAACUGCCAAUUGUUAGAAGAUUUGUGUCAUCCUUGAAGAGGCAGACUUCAUUUUUGCACUUAGCUCAGAUUGCAAGGCCAGCUUUGUUUGAUCAGAACGUGGUAAGCUCCAUGACUGCAGACAUCGAUAAGGUAGACUUGUACAGUAUUGGAUCUCAGGCUCUUCUUAGCAGUUGUAGUGGUGCUGAUUCGGACAGUGAUGUCUACACAGAGCGUGAGUCCACAACCAUUUUUCAUGAACUAAAAGACCUUUUGAAGAAAAAUGCAACCGUGGAGUCCUUCAUUGAGUGGUUGGAUAAUGUUGUGGAGCAAAGAGUUAUUAAGACAAGCAAACAAAGUGGCAAGUCACUGAAGAAGAGAGCUCAGGAUUUCCUGUUAAAGUGGAGUUUUUUUGGUGCCAGGGUUAUGCACAAUCUAACAUUAAACAAUGCAUCUAGCUUUGGUUCAUUUCACUUAAUACGAAUGCUUCUUGAUGAGUAUAUUCUACUUGCUGUUGAAACACAAUUUAAUAAUGAUAAAGAACAGGAACUUCAGAAUCUGUUAGAUAAAUACAUGAAGAAUGCAGAUGCAAGUAAAGCAACAUUUACGGCAUCUCCUAGCUCUUGCUUUCUUGCUAGUCGCAACAAAUCUGGUAGUCUUCCAAAUGAAUCUACUGUCAAAAAUGAGUGUCAGCAAGAACAAGGUUACGCAGCUAUGUCACCAGACCAGCAUGCUGGUAUUGUACGUGGACUACACUCCUUCUCGAAUGAAAAUAAUGAAAAUAUUCAAAUUACAGAUCAGAUGGAUGUUACUCAAAGUACAGCUCAGUUGAUGACUCCACCAAUGUCACCUGCCAUGUUAAAUCGUGGUAGUGUUAUAAAUCAAGGACCAAUGGUUUUGAGGCCUUCUAGUGCCGGCCAAGGAAUAUCUAGUCAUUCUCAAGUUUCUUCAUUUUCUGAGCCCCUCUACCAGAACCUUCCUCAGUCUAAUCAGAACUACUUGUCAUCUGGAACAAACUACCAAGCCAUGUUCCGAGCUCAUGCUCAGACUACUUCUGGAGCUUUCCAUCACAGACUGGAUCAUAGUCGAUAUCAGCAGAUAAAUGAGCAGCAGGCUUCAAGAGAUUAUUUCAGCAACAGCUGUGCAGUGACUUCAUUUAGUGCUCGUCCUUCCUCAAAUUAUGGAAAUUCAUCAAAUCCUCAAGAAAUUCAGAGCAUGCAGUUUCUCAAUGCUAGUGGAUUCAAUUAUCUAAAUGGAUCAGUUUCCGGAAGCUGCCAAGGAGGAGCCUAUUCUUCAAACACACCUAAUGGAUACUAUGGAAAUCAUUUAGGCUAUUCAGAGUCCCAUCGACUUGGAUCCAUGAUAGAUCAACAUGUAUCUGUGAUUAGCAGCAUUAGUUCUGUACGUCCAUUGCAUUCUUUUAAUGAUAUUCAUGAUCCACUCAAUAUUUUAGAGGACAGUGGAAGAAAGCAGCUGGGAUCCUAUUAUACAGAAACAUCACCUGCUAUUCUUUGUCGUAAUUCAGUGGCAGCUUCAAAUUUGCAGAGUGUGAUAUCUGCCCCCACCUCUCAAUGUAUGUAUGGAAUGGCAGAACAAUAUGGCCCUCAAGAACCACUGGAGACCCAUGUUCAGUCUAGUGACAUGAGGGAGAUGAUGUCCUCUUUACCUCCAAUUAAUACAGUCUUCAUGGGAACCUCUUCAGGAAAUACAUAA